AUGAGGCCGGGCAUGGCCAUUCACGCCGUUCGCUACCGGUACUUCCUGCGGCUUGGGGGCGAUAAUUUGCGGCUCUGGCUGCGCGGGCGGUGUCGAGUCCCCAUUGACCUCCGUUGGCGCGGCCUCGGCAGCAGCGACGGAGGGGGCACUCGCAGGCGGUGUGGUCGCGUCUGGUGUGGAUACUGGCUCGUCUGUUGUGAGAGCCUGCGCUUGCGCCUUUGCAGCCGCCUUCUGCUGCGCCCUCUUCUCAGCCCGCGCCGCGCGCGCAGCCUUUUUCAGAGCCGAUUUCGUGGGUUUGCUGGGCUCGGGCGCGCUGCUAGUGCUCGUGCGUCAGGCUCCCCGACAAUCACGCGUCAUACGCACAACGCACCUUUGCGCGGCCUCGGAGUCGACCUGCUCCGAGAUCUCUUCGUCGGACUCCUCGCCAGAGUCCACGGGGAGUGCGGAGAACGCUGUCCUGGUUCCAAAGCGGUUCGACAUGACUGA